AUGGCGACGCUGGACGCUCUGUUCGGAAACUGCUCAGAGAAGCUCGCUGCUUUAAUCCAGGAUGAGGUGGCGAUGAUUCUCGGAGUGAAGGAAGAGCUCGCGACGCUGCAGAGGAGGAUGAAGCGGAUCGGCGGCGCGCUGAAGAAAGUAGGGCGGGAGAGGACCGAAGAUGCCGCUUGGUUGAAUGAGCUGCAAAGUAUCUUGCAUGAAGCGAACGAUGUCUUUGACGAACUCAGGUAUGAGCUGCCGUCCGCAUCUUCAUCAGUUCUGUCGAUUCUCUGCUGCCUUCCUAUGUUCUCUUUCUUCAACUCCAUUCGAGUUCGUCACAACUUAGCCGAUAGAAUCAGAGCCCUCAACAAUAGAAUCGACGAGGUCGCGAAGGACCAGUGGAUCUUUAAUCUUGAGCCGGUAAAGACGAUGGGUCGAGUGGCGAGCAUGUCGUCCACGCGCGAGACUUGUGAGAUCAUGGAAGCCGAUGUCGUCGGGAGAGAGAUCGAAGAUGCUGCCGACGAAUUGGUCGAGAUGAUAGUCACGAACAACCGAAGAAAUUUUCAAGUGACUGCUGUAGCAGGCAUGGGAGGGAUCGGCAAGACCACGCUCGCUCAGAAGGUGUACAACAACCCGAGAAUUGGAGACCACUUCCAGGUAAGAAUUUGGAUUUGCGUCACCCAGAAAUAUUCAGAUGUUCGACUGCUACAGGAGAUCACUCGAGAAGCAGGAGGUAGUCACGGAAGUGCCGAACGAGUUUCAAAACUGCUCCCUAUUCUCAGCCAGACCCUUGGAGGGAGGAGCAUCUUUCUCGUGCUGGACGAUGUAUGGCGAUCGAACGUAUGGACUGAUUUACUCCAAAACCCGCUACAAAAUGGAGCAGCUAGCGGAUGUGUUCUGGUAACCACGAGAGACCAGGACGUUGCGAUGAGAAUGGGCGCGAAACACAUUCACCGGGUGGGGAAAAUGACUGUUGAUUCAGGCUGGGAGUUGCUUUGCAAGAAAACCUAUCUAGAAGAAGAAGGAGAAGAUGCGCAAAGUUUGAGAAGUGUGGGGGUUCAAAUUGUUAACAAAUGCGGCGGCCUUCCGCUUGCAAUCAAAGUGAUUGCCGGUGUCUUAGCCACCAAGGAGAAGAGCAGAAAAGAGUGGGAGAAAGUUCUCAGAAGCAAUGCUUGGUCUAUGAGUGAGCUUCCUGAGGAAUUCAGGGGUGCUCUCUACUUGAGUUACGAUGAUUUGCCGCCUCAUCUGAAGCAAUGCUUUCUUUCCUUAUGCCUUUACCCUGAGAAUGAUGUACACUUCAUUCAUAAGCUUCGCACGAUGUGGGUGGCAGAGGGGUUUGUCAAGCAAGAAGAUGGUUCAAUAAUGGAAGAGUCAGCCGAGCAAUACCACUCCGAGCUAAUACGUAGGAGUCUGCUACAACCUGAUCCUCUUUCUGUGGAUCAGAGCAAAUGCACAAUACACGAUCUCUUGCGAUCUCUCGGUCAAUAUUUGUCACGAGGUGAAAGCUACUAUGGAGAUUCACAGUCCUUGGAUGCUACUGCAAUCUCAAAGCUUCGCUGCUUGUCAAUUGCUGAGAUCGGAGAGAUUGUUACAAUCCCUGGUCCAGAAACUGAGCGACUACGCUUGAGGACAUUACUACUAUUUAAGAGUCCACCUAGAAUUGAGCACAAUCUUUUCUCUAGAGUUCCAUACCUCCAAGUUUUGAUUCUUAAUGGAAAAGGGAUUGAAUGCGUUCCUGAUAGUGUGGGAAGUCUAAUACACCUCCGAUUGUUAGAUCUUGAUCGGACUAGCAUAUCCAAUCUGCCGGACUCUAUUGGAUUCCUAACAAAUUUGCAGACUUUAAACUUACAAGAUUGCAAAUUUCUGAACACACUUCCAAGGAGCAUCACUCACUUAUGCAGUCUUAGACGGCUUGGCCUUGUUGGUACCCCUUUAAGAAGUGUCCCCGCAGGAAUAGGGAGACUGCAACUGCUCAAUGACCUCAAAGGAAUCAUUAUUAAUGCAAAUGAUAGUUGCAAUACCGAACAAAACAGUUGGGACUUGGAAGAAUUAGAAUCACUUGGCCAACUAAGGUGGCUCCGAUUACAUAUUUUGGAAAGGAAACGGAAUGCAAAUUCCGUGCAGUCCACUGAUGACAUAAUAAAUCAACCGCCGACCGUAACUCAUCCAAGGAAUAGGGCUUUUGUACUUCAAGAUAAAGCCUUCCUAAAACAACUAGCUAUAGUCUGCAGAUCACAGAUGGAGAGGGUAGAAAUGCCCCCAUACACAGAAGAGGAGAUCAAUAAGAUUGAAGAUAUCUUUGAGAAAUUGCACCCUCCAACUUGUUUAGAACAAUUAUGGGUCGGCAACUUUUACGGUCAGCAUAUUCCGAGUUGGAUGCUGUCAUCGUCUUUGGGUACUUGUCUUCCUUAUCUAACUUUUGUGAAUUUCUUAGGUUUGCCACUAUGCCUACAACUUCCACCUCUAGGCCAAUUGCCGCAUUUGAGGUAUCUCCGAAUCCGAAAUGCUUUUGCGAUUGUAGCUAUUGGUCCAGAAUUACUCGGUAUUGGGGUUGGUGACGGGGUGCACGCAGCAACAGCCUUUCCUAAGCUUGAAUUUCUUAUCAUGGAAGGCAUGCGUAAUUGGGAAGAAUGGUCUUUAGUUGGCAGUGAAACUGGAAACUCAUCAUCUCACUCGCUCCGAGUUAUGCCUCGUCUGGAGGUAUUGUGUGUAAUAGAUUGCCCAAAACUCAGAGCGCUUCCAAAUGGUUUGCAGCAACUCGGAGCACUCCGGAUUUUGCGCACUCCAAUGGCUCAUAGCCUAAGUGUAAUUGAAGACUUCCUGUUCAUAACUGAGCUUGAAAUCAAAAUGAAUGACGGCAUGAAAAGGAUCUCAAAUCUUCCUGCACUAAAGAAGCUCACCAUUUGGGACACUCCGGCUCUAAAGUGCGUCGAUAAUUUGGUUGCACUACAAUGCCUAGAGUUGCAAGAUUAUUCUAUGGAGUCCCUCCCAGAAUGGUUGUUGAGAUUGGUCCAGCAACACGCGCAUCUUCGCGGCAAAAACCUCCAACUUGUGAUGCGCUGCAGCACCGCCGUAAUUCAGAGAUGCCUCAAGGGAGGGCCAGACUGGCCCAUCAUCGAGUGCUUUUCUCGUGUCAGCGCCUACACCAAAGAUAGAUCAGCAUAUCUGGAAUAUACCAAGCAAACUGGGUGCUAUCGAACUAAUCAAUGA